AUGAUUUCUGUUUCAAAAGGAUGUGCUCCUUCAAUUCCGUCUAGAGAUCCCGUUAUCACUACAACUAUACGGCCAAACUCAACAACUACCACUACAACGAGUCCUGCUCCAAAUAUUACUACUACCACUACCACGACUACUAUUGCACCGCCGACAAACACAACAACCACAAUAUUGACAACAACCACAACAGUAACAACGACAACAACGUCACCUCCACUUAUACCGGACGGUUGCUGUGGUUACCCCAUACCCGACGUUGGAGUAAAUAGUGCUAGACCAGUAAGGUCUGAUUGGAAUGGAUGUAAUCAAACUAUCUCAAUACAAUGCCAAGCCAGUGCCGAUGGAACAUAUAGAGAAGUGAGAGUUGUUGGUAACUAUUCAAGUGGUGGCGCUACAUUGGCCUCAGGUUUACCUAUAACAGGAGCUGUUAUCAUGUGCAAUCCAGAUCUUAAAGCGUGGUACGGACAAAAUCCUGCUUUGGCGUGGACAAUAUUCAACUGUGUAUACGUAUUUCGCAAUGGCUCAACUCUUGUAGGUGGAUGA